ACAACUAAGAUUGACUUCCUUCUUAUUUUUGAUUUCCUCAAAACACCUAAUGGAAUUAGGAAUGUUGAUUUCUAUAUAUUAUUAUUAAAUACACGCAAUCUUGCAUGAGAAUAGUUUCAGUUUCAGUAAUGGCGGAGGAACAAGAUCGAAUAUCGUACCUGCCUGAUGACAUAUUGAUAAGAAUCUUGAGUUUACUUCCUACUAAGGAAAUUGCUCGAACCAGUUUGCUCUCAAAGGCAUGGCGAAAGCUAUCUCCUUUUUCCUCUCUCUCCGUUUUAAUGUUUCAGUCUCCGGAUUUCUUCCAUUCACGUCGCAAAAGCUUUGAUGUCUCCUCAUUCAUCAAUGCCAUCGAUUCCUCCCUAAGACUCCGUCAGAAAGACGUAAAUCUUGUGAGACUGCGGCUCCGUCUGCAUCUCGAUGACAUCAAAUCGCUGAUAGACUCGUGGAUCGACGCGGCACUUGAGAGGAAGGUGAAGGAGCUAGAUCUAUAUUUGCAACCUAGGUUCGUAGCAGAGCCUUACGACUUGCCGGCUAAAAUUUUUUCUGCCACAACAAUUACAGUUCUCAGUUUAGAGCAAUGCAGAUUGGAAAUCUGUGGUGAUAUAGAUCUUCCGGCGCUACGAAAGUUGUGUUUAAGACAAAUCCAGUGUGAUGAACAAGCAAUUCGGCAACUGAUAUCAAGUUGCCCGUUGAUCGAGGAUUUGAACAUUGCAUCUUGCGGUGGUUUGCAAAAACUUCAUGUUUCGGGGCUUGCUAAUCUACAUAGGCUUCAAGUAAUUUGCUGUUAUAAUUUGAGAAGGAUAGAAAUCGAUGCACCAAGCCUUCAACAUCUCGUGUAUCAUUGUGGACGCUUGCCGUGUGACAUGGUCUUGACGCCCUGUGAAUUUCUGAGAGAACUAAUACUCCUUGAUCCACUUAUAACAAAUGAUUUCCUCCAAAAUCUCGACUCUGGAUUUCCGAAUCUUGAGCGAUUGGAGAUAGACUCCACUCGAUUGCAAAGGAUUGAGAUUUCGCAUCAUCAGCUCAAGAGAUUAGAACUAAGACUAACUGAAUGGCAGAGGGAGGCGAAACUCAAGAUUGAUGCUCCAAACCUCCAAUCAUUUACGUAUUCGGGCUAUAGAAUGCCUUUAACCUCUACGAUAUCAUCUAUGAAUACUUCAUCUCUGCGGGAAGCCGAGAUUCACUUCAGGAAUUAUAAUGAUUAUAGCCAUUUUUUCAUCCCUCAAUUGAAGAAAUUUUUUGAAAAAUCGAAGAAUUGCCAAGUUAUAAAUUUACUCAUAAAAUCCAAAGAGGAGCUCAUUAUUCCUAGAAAGCUGAGGCCAAUUCUAUCUCCCCCUGUUUAUGAUAUCAAGCAUUUAUAUUUAAGGGUCUUAUACAACAAGUUUAGGAACAAGGAGGAGAACCCCAAGUGUUGUACAUCUUGUCCCACCAAAUGCUGGCGGCAUUAUUUGGAAGACGUUCAAAUUGAUGGUGAUGAAAGCAUAUUGGAAAUUGACCAAAUUAUUGCAAUGCCAAAGUUAUCUCAGAAAUCUACUAAUCGCAAUGUUAGGUUUAGAUUAAAAUGGCGAUCUCAACUACUUUAG